AUGGAAAACGUCAGUUACCUGGAGCGAUUUCUUGCUGAUACUUGGCACGAUAUCGCGAAUCUUGUACGUGAGUCCGCGGUUUACAUAGAUCAUGCAGCAACGGAGUGUCUGCAUUGGCAUACUGGUGGCAGGAUGUACUCUUUCCUUAAGGAUGCUGGUGCUGUGUCCGUUUACGAACUGGCCAUGUACAAUUUUCGUUAUGUCAAAGUGCAGAAUUGCAAGAAGGCGACUAUUAUUUCAACCUCUACCAAUCCAGCUUUUUAUCAACGUACCGUUAAGAUGAUAAUGGAGAAGAAUGCGUUUAAUAGUUGUACAAUUGUCACCGCUGCACAUCCAACUGUACUGAGUUACGAGGACGCAGUUCCAUUAGAGGAUAGAAUGGAUUACAUUAAAUUAAAGAGAGAUGUGAAAAGUUGGAUGAGCACCAAUCAACAGUCGCAAGACUGUUUAGUGACGAUAUUAUUUCGACCAAUUUUUAUUACUUCAAUCGAAGAUGAUCUAUUUGUGACGCCGCCUUUUGGUGAUCUAUUAUCACCUUUAAAUAGUGAAUUACUGAAAAAUUCAGAGUGCGCUGUCGAUCAUCUCGUAAGCUUAUUUAACAGUUUGUUCGCAUAUUUGAACUUGAAAGAAGACAUUUACUCGAUGGGAAAAUUCAGCGAGUAUGUUGCUGAAAAAUUAGAAACACUACCGGCAGCUGUUAAUCGUAAAAAUAAUUUAAUUGGUACAAAGAGAAAAGGAGUAUCUUUAAUCUUUGUCGAUAGAGCAUUAGAUCUUUGUACUCCUACUAGUAAUAACACUGAAUCGUCGCUAGCCAGGAUACUGUGUACUUUACCACAUUUGCCUCAUCACUGCAACGACGUCGCUAUAAAUAUGUCUUCUCUAUUUUGCGGUUCGCAGGAAUUUUUCGAAGUACCAGGAUGCUUGGCCAGUAAGGACAAAAACUUGAUGAAUAUAUUAAUCAUGAAAAAGCAAAAAGAGGUGUUGAUUGCUACGAACAAAAUACUCAUCGAUAUAUUUUCGACAAAAGAAAAUCUAAAACCAAAACUAGCAACAAGGAUUUCCGCGCGCAGUCUAGAAAAAUUUGUAAAUAAAUUGAAAGAUACAGAUAAUCUUGAUGUUACAACGGAAUCAAGCAAAAAGCUUCAAGUGGUGCUAGGAAUCAUACAAGCCUUAACGUCAGAGAAAACUUCCCAAUUAGAUUUGCUAAUUAGUCUCGAGAAACUGGUAUUGCAAAAUAUAGCUGUAAGUCGUGACUCUACGAGCGUGCUUGGACAAUUUAGCAAUAUAAUACGAACUCGCGAGAAACGAGGUCUGGAUACAGAUAAUAUAUUGGCGCUCUUGGUGCAUAUUUACGCGCUUGCCGGAAAGGAGAUAAAAUUCUCUCCUCAACAAGAGGAGCAAUUGAAGGAAGCUAUCACUGAUGCUGUAUUUGAGGAUAUUGCAAAAUUAAACAAGAAUCCGGUCAACAAUAAGAUGUCAGUGUAUCAACAAACUUUAUUACUUUUUGGUGUCGCUGAUGACCAGUCCAUAAAAGAAACAUCUGCGAAAGUAGCAGAACGCAUCAUGAAUAUUUUACACGAAAUAGCACAGCAACGCGCAUUUCUACACGAUUACACCUCUUUAAUGUCCAAAUCAAGUUCUCAAGAGAUUGUUCAACGUGUUGGGAUCUUGCAACAAUUAUUGACGGACAUAUUCCAUCCAGACAGAUAUGAAAUUUCUGAUUUACAACAGAGAUCGCCUUCAUUACUUUCAGCUGGAUUCAAUUUAUUUUCCAAAGGAAGAGUGAAACAUCAUCCAUGUGACAAUGAUUGGGUUAUCAUUUACAUUAUCGGAGGUGUGACACCGGAAGAAGUAAGAGAAGCUAAAGAAAAUAUAUCGUUACUCAAUCCAAAUUGCCAAAUAACAUUAGCAGGUUCGAGAUUGUUAAAUCCAUUAGACAUAGUGGACAAAUUUCUCCUCUCAUCAAUCGAUUAUUAAUAAAAAAUGUAGUUUCACUUUUGAUAUAUUAUCAAAGAAUCCAUUUUAUACCAGAAUCAGAGAUCGUAUAACGAAUCUGUUUUGUAUCAUUUAUAGAUUGUACAUGGCAUAUAAAUUCACGAACUACAAAACUUU